UUUUAAGGGGGUUUCUCUAAAACAUAAAUAAUGUUUUUUUCUUUUAACUUUUUCCCCUCCGCUCUCAGACUCCGCCCCCUUCGUUCGGAUGUGGAUGUGAGAGAAAAGGCCAGCAACAAUGUGAUAGACCCCCCUCCCUCGACUCGGUUCGGCUCAGCGCAGCGGCGGAGAGAGUCUCGGGGAGCGAAGGAGGCGCGGAGGAGACGCAACACGGCGGCCAGGAGCGACAUGCAGCUCCGGACUCCCUCCCGCCAGGACGGCCGCCGGCUUUAGGGUCCUGUUAAAAUCCUGGCAGCCGCAUGGACGGGAAGCAUUAAAAUUCCAGGCCCUCCAGCAGGCUGUGGGGCGUUGUGCUGGUGGGCCAGCUCAGCAGGAGCCUGUUUGAAUGAGAGCUAAUGAAGUUCAGCAUGAGACAGUGGAGGAAGGUGGUGCUGGCGGCCAUACUGGCCUGGGCUCUCCUUUUCCUUGGCCUUCUCUCCUACUUCCUGGACACCCGUGUGGAGGAACCUCGGACUCCUGCCGGCUCCUUGGUUUCCCAGCAUUCCGACACUCGCCGGCUCACCUCCAUCCAGUCCUCCCAACAGCAGCAAUCAGUCGUGGGGGUCCGAUCUGAGCAGGGUCUGAACUUACCCAGAACUUCUAUUAAAAACCAGCCGGAGGCAGGAGUUUUCUCCAGCUCGGAGGCCCCAGGGAACCGGGGGAAAAACAUUUCAAGCAGUUCUCCCGAUCAAAUUUACGAAAGCCAGGAAACAAACCAUCUGAAUGAGUUGGACCUGCAAAGUCUGGCUGCCUGGUCCUCCUUUGGUACACAAAACGUGGGCUCUAACUUCAAUGCUGCUUCCCAGCUUCGCGAUAGAACAUCUCAAAGCAUACAGGACCAGAGCACCAAUCAUUACUUUGCUGCUGAGGACGAAGAGGGCCGAGAGAAUGAAGAUGAAGAUCUGGCAAACGAGAUAAGACCUUCAGCUGAGAGGAGGAGUGAUGCGGACUUUGUGGUGCAGCAGCUGUGGAAGGGCACCGUGUCCUCUGGCAUGCUGAGUCCUCGACUGAGGCAGGCCAUGAAGGACUACAUCAACGCCAACAAGCACCACGUCUCCUACCAAGGGCACCGCAAGGUGGCUCGCAGCGCAGACAAACUGCUGUGCCAAAUGAAAAACCAGUCCCAGCUGAGGACGGUGGACGGGUCCGAGAAGCCGUUCUCCUCGCUCGGCUGGGCGAAUUUUGUGCCGUCGAAACCCCUUCAGUCCUGGGACAAACGGCAGGGGGGGAAAAGCUUCAAGACCUGCGCGGUGGUCAGUUCCGCUGGGGCCAUCCUGCACUCCGGCCUGGGCGAAGAGAUCGACAGCCACGAGGCCGUUCUGCGCUUCAACGCCGCGCCCACAGAGGGAUACGAGCAGGACGUGGGGACCAAGACCACCAUCCGCAUCAUCAACUCACAGAUUUUGGCGAAUCCUAAGCAUGAGUUUAACACGAGCUCCAUCUACAAGAACAUAAUGCUGGUGGCCUGGGAUCCUGCACCCUACACGCUCAAUUUAGACAAGUGGUUUGCCAGUCCGGACUACGACCUGUUCGGUCCGUACGUGGAGCACCGCAAGAACCACGCCGACCAGCUGUUCUACAUCCUUCACCCCAAAUACCUGUGGCAGCUGUGGGAGCUGAUUCAGAGCAACACUCAGGAGACCAUCCAGCCCAACCCUCCUUCAUCCGGAUUCAUAGGUAUCCUCACCAUGAUGGCCAUGUGCGACAAGCUUCACGUGUACGAGUACAUCCCCUCCAAGAGGCAGACGGAUCUGUGCCACUACCACGAGAACUAUUAUGACGCCGCCUGCACGCUGGGCGCCUACCACCCCCUCAUUUACGAGAAGAACCUCAUCCGGCGGAUGAACGUGGGCUCCGAGAGAGACCUCCGCCAAAAGGGGCGAGUCACUCUGCCAGGGUUCAGCACCAUCUCCUGUGACGUCUGAGAUGUGGAAUCGGACCGAACAUGCCCACACGUGCUGGUCUUUUACAGCUGACCAGGGGAGAGCUGCACUCCGGGUGGCGAGGGCGAAGGGUUUCCAGCGAGGUCCACGAUAAGCAAAAGCCAUAGCCCUCAAGAAAAGGGGUCAAAGAUUAUGGAGAGACUUAAUCGUCAUUAAGAAUGACCAGAAACUGGACCUUUAGAAACGACAACAACAAAAAAAAGAAGAAUUCUGCUUUAGCUGAGCCACGCUAGCUGUGGAGCUAUGGUAGCAAAAAGUGACAAAAACAAACAUUUGUAUUAACUUUCUGUUGUGAAAUCAGCGUUUUACAGUAGAAUGGGCAGUACUCCACUUAAAGGCAAUGCCACUUUUUCUAUUCGUCCUUUUCCCUCUCGACGACGAGAGGUGUUUGUAGGAGAAGGAAGCAUCCACUCUGAAUGUCACACAUACAACAGUUUGAUGUAUAAAUAGCAGCAACACUUGUUCUAAGGGUGUUUUCGUCAUGGCUGUACAUAUUUCAAGGCAAAAACUGAACUCGUUUUGUGUUGUUUCAGUUCCUAACUACUGAUGCUUUUGAUCACAGUUUGUUGCAGUCAGACCCGGAGCGGCCAACACCUCUGGGUUCACAUCAAUGCAGUCCAAACUGGCACAACUGCAGAACCAUUCUGUCCGAAUGUGACGACGGGUGCCUGACUUCUCCAUUCUGCCUUGGCAAUCACUCCUUUUUUUUUUUCUUUCUCCCCUCUUUUAUUGAAUGUAAUGUUACCACUAUGUGUUGCUGCCAAAUCUUCGAUGGAGCUCGCCCCUGCUGUCUCAAGCCCCCACUGAGGGGGUUACAUUUCUGUUACAAAAGAGCUCGAAGAGCCUUCUCUUCAACGUUGUAAUUUCACGUUGAGCCGAUCCAGAGCUCAAAGUGGAGACCAUUAUGGCAAAGGAAUUUGGCCCUGCAGUGUCCUCGGAUCCGUGGAAGAGGAUUUCUGUUUACAGUGAGACGGCCACAUCUGCAGCUGCUUCAAGGGGCUUUAGGUCAGCAGGGAGGAGAGAAUCUUUGGACUCAAACUCUUUCUUUCUUUUUUUAAUUCAAUUGAAGAAAGACGUGAAACAGUCAGGGAAAUGUAGCUUUAAAGUUGAAUUGAUAUUGCAAAGGGGCUUUUAUUUUGAAAUCACGGAACAUUUAUUAGUUAUCAGAAAGAAGUAAGUUUGUUAUGAGGGGUAACUUCUUAAAAAAAAAUAUUGAUAAUUAAUUUUUGGAACACCGAUCAGCCAUAAGAUUAAAUCCCGUCUGCUUCGGGUUUGCUAAGGCCUGAUGGGUGUCCAUGACAACAUGGAACAGAUGAAACAAUAUUUGUAUAUUCUAUAAGUAAAAUGUCUUUUUUUUGUGGCAAAAAGGAACUGACAUUAGAGUAGUCAAACAAUUUCUUUAUCAGUGUUUCUGGCGUAAAGGAGAUUUAAGGGUUCAUUAGUCGGUUGUAGGCCGAACUUCCAGCCAGCCCUUCAUGUCUGUGCUGAUGUAUGUUAAUAAUAUUUGUGACGUUAACACACUGGAGGAGCACGGAUGCUGAUCAUGUAUGUUUUUGGGACUCCUGGUGGAGAGCAGAGUGGGGGCUCAGAGUUCACCUGUCAGGAUAAAUCAUUUGUAAUAUGCUAAGAUUUGUUUUUUGUUUUAUUGCAUGCUCGUUGAACACAUUCAGACUGGAGGUUGGCGGCUUCCUGAUGGCGUCCGUCCAGUUGCUUCGUUGGAGUUUGAUCUUUGUAUGUUGAUGUGCCAAAAUCCAUCUUUAGUCCUCUUGAAAUGGGGUUGGAGUGGGAUUAGGAUUCUGGGAAAAGCUGGAGUGUUUCUCUUCAGGAUGCUUAAGGGCAAAUUUAAUUGUGUUUUUUAUCCUCUGAAAGAGGGCCGUUUGACUUCAACUAUGACAUAUUUCUUUACAUUCAAAGUUUUUUUGUAAGAGGGAGUUCUGCGUGAAACUGUUGGGGGUGUAACGGUCGGGUGGGGGUGAUUUUUGUCACAUUAAAGAAUCAUUUUCACAAUAAAAUGUCUCCAUUUAAAGUGCUUCACUCCUUUCUGCUGCAGGUAAAUAUUUCUAACACGAAGCCGCAGCGUCAUAAAAAGAAUUCCCGAUCAUUUGUGGUGUAAAAAGAGCGCCGUUCAUCCUCUGAGAGCUAGUUUUUCGCGCUCCAAAUGGUGGGAGUUUCUGCACCACACCGCCUUUAAAGGAUUGUUUACUUUCCUCCUUUUUUCUAUUCUCCUCUGUGGUUUUCUCCAUUUUGAUCAGAGUGAAGCUCCUGUUUCGCUCCUACCAGCCUUUUGAUGUUAAUCUUGAUUUCGACGUGUUUGUCUAAUUUAAAUCGGUUCUUUUUUUCUUUUUCUAAAUAAAGGUGUUCUACAU